AACAUUUUCCAAGAUCUUAAUGCAGCUUUUAAGGAUGGCUUAGUAUCUGUCAAUGAUUGUCUUGUAGAAAUUGAGAUGGUCCUACCUAAUGGUAGCACAGAGAAAGGAGAAGACAAUGGUGGAAUUUUUAGAGAUGCAUUGAGUGAGUAUUGGGGUACAUUCAUCAUGAAAUGUACAUCAGGAAACACACUAAAAGUACCCAUGACAAGGCAUGAUAUGAAAGAUGAAUGGGAAAAUGUAGCUAAAGUGAUGGUUCUUGGUUAUAACACUGUCCAAUACUUUCCCAUUGUGCUGGCCAAGCCUUUUCUGUGUUAUUGUCUUGGACUUAACAUUGAGGAGGAUGAGCUCUUUACAGCCUUUCUGGAGAUAGUUUCUCCAGAGGAAAAGCAGCUUGUUGAAGAAGCAAUGAGAGACUUUACAUCUGUCUCUGAACGAGAAGAAUGGGUUGAAUUCUUGGAAGCUCAUGAUGUGAAACUUUUUAUCACUGAGAAUAAUGUCAAGCAGAUCUUACUUGAUGUCGCACACAAAGAAAUUGUGCAAGAUCCAGCUUACAUAGCAGAAUGUUGGAGUCCGGUGUUAAAAAAACUAAAGCUACCUCCAGGGGGACUAAAUGAAUUGAUGAUGAGCCUCACUCCAACAGCAAGAAAAGUUAUAGGCAUAUUACAACAUGAAACACUCAAUAACAGAGAAUGCCAGAUUAUGGAUUAUCUAAAGAGGUUCAUCAAGCACUGUAGUGAUGUUCGGCUCAGGAAAUUUCUGCGUUUCUGCACAGGAGCUGACCUCCUUGUUGCAAGGUUUAUUCAUGUCCGAUUUGUGCAGCCACAAAGUUCCUUCACAAGAUCUCCCCAGUCCCACACCUGUGGAUGUGUGUUAGAAGUUCCAAACAAUUAUACUUCAUACCCUGAGCUUGCAGAGGAGUUCAUAAAUAUCCUUGAUGCAAACAUAUGGGUGAUGGAUAUUGUGUAAAGGUGGUCAGACAGUAUGUGCAGCAGGAUACGACUGUUUCUUUGUCUCAUUCACAGUCUCCAUCUCACACUCAGUUUCCUGACAUAAACUUAUUUUUGUUGUUAUUUUUGUUAUCCUGCACAUCAAGAUAAUGUUUCAUAAAAGCUCAGAUGUUCUUACAGCAGUGUUACAAUGUGGCAUAUGUGUUACAAACUACAAAGCACAUACAGAUUCACAUUUAGUUUUAAUGUAGGCCUACUCAGGUUUUCAAAAUGUAUACUGUCUUAAUAGAAUUCUGCAAUACAGUACAUUGUAAAAAAAAGUUUCAUGUUUGAAAUGUUGAAAUUUUAUUAAUUAGAAG